AAACAUUAGCCGGCUCCCUCUGCGCCCGCCGCUGGCUCCCGGGGCGCAGAGUGGGGCCACAGUCGCAGCCGCUGCGUCGCGCUCUCCAGCUGUUACCCUCCAUGUGCCCGGGCUCCCUCGCUCCCCUUCCUCAGGCCGCUGUUUACCCCGGGGUCUAUGGAAGGACCCCUCAACCUGGCUCAUCAGCAGAGCAGACGAGCAGAUCGUUUAGUAGCUGCAGGGAAAUACGAAGAGGCUAUUUCUUGUCACAAAAAGGCUGCAGCGUAUCUUUCUGAAGCUAUGAAGCUGACACAGUCUGAGCAGGCUCAUUUAUCACCGGAACUGCAAAGGGAUAGUCACAUGAAACAGCUUCUCCUCAUCCAGGAGAGGUGGAAGAGGGCAAAGCGGGAGGAAAGAUUGAAAGCCCAGCAGAGCACAGACAAGGAUGCCGCUGCCCAGCUUCAGGCAUCUCACAGACCGUCUGCUGAGGACGCAGACAGCCAGAGCCCCCUGCUCUCUCAGAAUUACAGCCCUUCCACAGAGAAACACUUGCCUGAGAUUCAGGGGGUCUUUGACAGGGAUCCAGACACACUACUAUUUUUACCUCAGCAGAAGAGCGAGCCAACAGAGCUGUGCAUUGGAAGCAAAGCCCCAAGAGAUGAUAAAACAAUUGUAGAGGAGCAGGCAACCCAAAUUGCAGAUUCGAAGAGGCAUGUGGAAUUCCUCGUGGCUGAGAAUGAAAGAUUAAGGAGAGAAAAUAAACAGCUAAAGGCUGAAAAGGCCAGACUUCUAAAAGGCCCGAUAGAAAAGGAGCUUGAUAUAGAUGCUGAUUCUGUAGAAAAGUCAGAGUUACGGAGCUUGCCACCACAUGCAGAAACCGCUACAGCCUCUUCAGCCUGGCAGAGGCUUGCAUCAAACACUGGGAAAGCCAAGGUAUUCCAAUACCCAAUCUUCCUCCCUUGGAUUUUCCAUCUCCAGAACGUCCCCUCGUGGAACUCUCUGAAGAUACUCUGAAAGGACUUAUGAAUAAUUAAAAUGGA